UCUGUAAAUACUUCAUCGUUGUAUGUCAAAGCAAAAUUUUAUAUUUUUUUCUUUUUUCGGAUGUGUUAACGAUACAGCAAUUAUUCUGUACUCGGGGCAAACAAAAUUAUUUCCUUUAACAAUUCCUUAAGGAUCUUGGUAUUACACGCUCUUCAAAAGAAGCGUGCGACAAAGCACGCUUUCUUAAACCAGGUUUAAUUGUUUGAUUUUUGGUUCGGCCUGCGAGCAAUGUCUGGCGACUGCAAUGCAUGCCCCACAUCCUGUGAUCCUUGCCAGGCGCCCGUGGACUAUCCACCAUGUCCACCCGGCGCCUCGUGUCCGCCCUGCGAUUGUGGCGACUACUCCGGCUGUUGCUAUCAGCAGCCAGCACGCACGCUGCCCAUAAUCCCACAGUCGCAUCUAAUGCGCUCCAAUGCACCCAUGGACACAAACACUAUCUACAGACGCUCCUAUUACGGCAACAGUGGCCCCGGUCUGGCCGCCGUCUCGGUGCGCCCCUGUAAUCAUAUUAGCGCCAAUACUGCUCCCAUGGAGAAGUGCACUGUUCAGAAGUUAAGCUACAUGCCGCCGUGUCCCUCGCAACGCACGAUGCCCAUUUUGCCGGCGGAGAGUGGGCUGCGCUUUGAGGGUCCCAUUUAUGCGAUGACUUCUCAGAAGCACGACUAUGUGCCCAAGGGGAAUGUGAAGCGUGCUCCUUGCCUGCCACAUGUGGCUAUUUGCACCUCGACAGCGCCCAUGGAACGAUGUACCAUACAGAAGUUGAGCUACAUGCCGGUGGAUGUUUGCGCAAAUCCGCCGCCCAAGCUAAUGCCACAGAAUUCGCACUAUUGCAAACCCGUCGGACCCAUGGAACGUUGCUCGGUGCAGAAGCUGUCUUAUAUGCCAGUCUGCAUACCACCCAAGGAGCCAACACCCUGGGCUGAUAAGAUACGCUGUGUGCCGCCCAACUAUCAGAACAUUUGUACCACGUACAACUUGAGCUAUAUGCCCAAUUGCAAUGCCGGACGCACUGCACCCAUGCUGCCCAUGAACAGUCUGAAGUUUCUGGGUAACGAUGCUGGCGCCUCCAGCACCAUUUAUAAGCUCAGCUACAUGCCCGUGGAUGCGUCGCGCACCAAACCGAUGCCCAUCAUGCCACGCGACACAUUCCGUCGUGCCACGGAGCCUCUCGAGCGUUGCACCGUGCAGAAGCUCUCGUAUCAACCCAGUUGCACAGAACGCACACCACCCAUACGGCCCAUGGAGAAUGGACUGCGCUUCGAUGGACCCAUGUAUGCCAUGACCACACAGAAGCACGAUUUUGUGCCCAAACCACAUGUGCGUCGUGCUCCCAUUAUGCCGCUCACGGCUUUCUGUCGUCCAAGCACCGCCAUGGAGCGUUGUACCGUCAACAAGCUGAGCUAUAUGCCAGUGGAUGUAACGUGCUUCCCACGACCCGAUCCGGUCAAGCCGCGCCAGGGCUUCUGUCGCAACAGCGGGCCCAUGGAGAACUGCACCACCUACAAGCUGAGCUAUCUGCCCAACUGUGUGCAGCCCAAGGAGCCGCUGCCCUGGGCCCGUGCUACCACCUACUGCCGACCCAGCGGCGCUAUGGAGAAGUGCUCUAUACAGAAGCUCAGCUACGGGCCACCUGGUGCCUUUCAGCGUUGCGGUGGUCCUUGUGGCAAUGCACCCGCCGAUGCUGGCAGCUAUCCAAAGGCUGGCAUUUGUUGAAUCGGAAAUACUUUUUCAUUGCUCCCUAUGCCGCACGUCAGACGUCACUGUCGUCACUUUUGUCCAGUUUUUGUUGUGUGUUUUAUGUUUUCCAAAUUAUCGACCACAGACAACACGCUACUCUUCACACACCCCGCUCCUCCCCAAUCAGAUACACUCACCAUUUCACUCUUUUAUCUCUGUUGAUUACACCCGCUUCCUGGCUAAAAUUGCAAGUGAUGCUCGUUUGUGUUACAAUAAUGCAUCUUAUUAUUGUAGAUUAUCUUGAUAAAAUUAAAGUCCUACAUUAAACACA